GACACUUGCAGUGAAUGAUGUGUUGAGACAUGCAUUGAAUGAUUGGAUGCAUUGAUGACUGACUGCAGGCAAACACUGUAUCGUAUAUUACGUGGCCUUUCAUUCAUACCAUUAGAUUCACCACUAAUUCAAACAAACACUCAAUUUAUAUGUGAUUUAGUCCUCAAACAUGUGUCACAGAGUCUUCGACUGUCUAUUCCUCUGGACAUUGAUUGCCAUCAUUUGCAUCAAGAGUUCGUUUGCCCUCUAUUUCCACAUCUCGGAGACCGAGAGGAAGUGUUUCAUCGAAGAAGUGCCCGACGAGACCCUCGUUGUCGGUAACUACAAAUGUCAACUCUUUGAUCCAAAUACGGGUGGAUUCAUGCCUUCGUCGCCCGGCAUUGGAAUGCAUGUCGAGAUCAGAGACCCGGAGGACAAGAUCAUCCUCUCGAAGGUGUACUCACAUGAGGGCCGCUUCUCCUUCACAUCACACACACCGGGAGAGCACGUGAUAUGUCUGUACUCUAACUCUUCGCGUUGGUUCAGCGGCGGUCAACUCCGCGUCCAUCUGGACAUACAAGUGGGCGAACACGCCAUCGACUACCAGAAUAUCGCUCAGAAGGAGAAGUUAAGUGAAUUACAAUUACGUGUUCGACAACUGCUGGAUCAGGUCGAGCAGAUCACUAAAGAACAAAACUAUCAAAGGUAUCGCGAAGAGCGGUUCCGUCAGACCAGCGAAAGCACAAACUCUCGUGUCUUGUGGUGGUCUUUGGGUCAGACCGUUAUCUUACUAUCGAUGGGUUUUUGGCAAAUGAGACAUUUGAAGGGCUUCUUCGAGGCCAAGAAAUUGGUGUAAAUUUUUUUAGAUCUUAUAAUUAUUAAGAGUUUUGUAAAUUAAUUCCGUUUUCUGUCCGCAAUAUUAUAUUGAUUUUGAGAUUUUUGGUCAAUUUUUCAUUAAAAAACAGAUGAAAAGACUUAA